CGCACUUCGCGAGAUUCAAGAUGUCUGCGCCCAUGGAAGAUCGUCCCAAUUUUUGAACGCAAAUAAGAUAUCUAGUUCAACUGCAAGGUCCAUAUCAGUUUGGAACACGUUGGAGGCAAGAUGAGUUGUAGCAAAGAAAGUAAGGAGAAUGUCUUUGAGAGUAUCCUCAACAAGUAUUUAAAACUGUUGAAAGAGAAACCACUCAUUACAAAGGCUUGUACAAGUGCAUCAGUAUCAGCACUAGGUAACUUUAUCUCUCAGAAGGUUGCCCCUCAUCCUGACGGAAAAGUAAAAUGGAGGAGUGUAGGUGCAUAUGCAACUUUUGCAUUUUGUCUAAGUGCCCCCAUCAUUCAUUAUUUCUACAUAUUUUUGGAGAAGAUUCAACCACGGAAGGAAAAACCAAGUCAAAUAGACAAUAUAAAGCGACUGUUGAUUGACAGAUUUCUGUUUACACCACCAUUUAUUCUACUGUUUCUUUAUGUAGUUACCAUACUUGAGGGGCAAGGGUCAGCUGUAGCCAUUGAAAAGAUCAAAACACAGUUCUGGACAAUUUUGAAGAUGAACUGGAAAGUCUGGACCAUUUUCACAUUCAUUAAUGUAAAUUACAUCCCUGUCAGAUACCGUGUGCUAUUUGGGAAUAUGGUAGGACUGUUCUGGUCUGUAUUUAUUGCUGUCAAGAGACGUCAAAUGGGAGUGUGAAAGUUCUUGCUUUCCCUGAUCAUUCAUAUGUUAAAUGUGAUAUCUUCCACAUUUAAUCCACUGGCACAGUUUUAUUUGAACUACUGGUUGAUUCACCUGUGUUAUAACAAGGUUUUUGCUUGAUUGCUCCUUAAAUCGAAGAAAAUACCAUUUAUCUUAUACACUGUUAUGAAGAAUUCCAAGUGUAGUAACUGGAACUUUUAAAAUUGUAAAUAUUAAAAUUUGUUUAGGCAUUUUUGGCAAAGAAAUUUCACAAAAACAAUUUAGUUUGACUACAGGUGAUGCUGGACAUAGAUUUUCUGAUCAUCUUUAUUACCAUGAAAAACAAAAUACAGUUCUAACCAUUUGAUAAAAUCUUUAAAAAAAGUAAAUUUUGUCUGUGGCAAAAAGUGCAAUAUAAAAAUUUAAAUAUUGAAGAUGUCUUCAAAAUUUAAAAAGCUGUUACUACCGUCUAUAGAGAACUGUAGAAUUAUGUAUGACUUUUAUCUGGAUCUUGCAAAAUAAACAAGAAAUUUCUGAAAACCUCUGCUUCAAACACUUGGUGGACCAAACAGUAAUUUGGAUAUCAGAUUUCAUUAUAUAUUACAUAAUGUAAAUUGUCGCAUUUAAAAGAACCAUAUGGUGAAAUUCUGUAAAUUUAUAUGAUUGUAUAUGUACAUACUUUUGGUUUUGUUAAAAUAUACCCGAUAUAAAUGAAGUUGUAAGGGGUGGUAUACUGGUUCCAGGUUGUCUGUCUGUCUGUCCGUCUGCAAAAAUCUUAUGCACACCAACUCGCCCCUUGACAUAAUUUAAUGAAACUUCACACAAGGGAUCAGUGACAACAGUAGUUGUGCAUGGUGCAUGUUAGGUUCUUUCAGAAAAAAUAUUUGCAGAGUUAAGGGACUUUGUAUUUUGUUACUAUACUACAUUCAUAGUCUGCAUAUGCAAUCUUGUGUGCGCUUAAUCCCCUGAACCCAUACACAUAAUUUAAUGAAACUUCACACAAGUGAUUAGUACCCACCCUAGUUGUGCAUGGUGCAUGUUAGGUUCUUUCAGAAAAAAAUUCUGUAGAGUUACGGGACUUUGUCUUUAGUUACUAUACUAUAUACAUACAGUCUGCAUAUAUGCAAUCUUGUGUAGGCCUAAUCUUCCAAACCAUUGCUUACAAUUGAAUGAAACUUCACACAAGUGAUCAGUACUAACCUUACAUGGUGCAUUUUAGGUUCUUUCAGAAAAAUAUUCUGCAGAAUUAUGGGACUUUGUUUUUUGUUACUAUACUAAAUACAUAGAAUCUAUAUACAUACAGUCCACAUAAUUAUGCAACCUUGUGUGUGUCAAAUUGCUAUGUACUGUGUCAGUACGUGCAGGGGGGUACAUUCAUCACCUUCAGUGAUAAGUCUAGGUAGAUAUACUGUAAACUUAGAAAUGAUUUUGUGCAUUCUGUGUUAACAAUAAAAAAAAAUUUGCAAGCAAAUUUGGAUAGUCGAAAAAUUCACCAUUAGCUAAAUAUAAUGCUAUACUUUUACUGUUGAGUCAAAUAUUACACUAUAGUUGAGAAGAUGGUAGUCAAUGGAGAAUGUGAAAAAUUGCCAAUACCAUCAUUGCUAUCUUUACAGUAAAUAAUAUUUUUAAAGAUGUUUUCCUGCCAGAUUUUUAGGCACAUAAUUUUAAUAUAUAUCAAGAAUAAAUUAGGGAGUGAGAUGUGAGGUUGCGGUUGUAAAUGUGCAUCAAAAUAAUGUAAAAUACCCAGAUUUACUAUUAGGGUAAAGAUUUUUUUACUAGAUAUAAACUGAACACAUUAUUGUGCUCUUCAUACUUAUUUUGAUGUUUUGGCUUAGUCUGUACCUGUGAGAAAAACUUCUUUUAGUCUUUGAUUUUAUAUUUUCAGUGUUUUUGUUUUCUCUCUGACGUAAAUCUCCAGUAAAGUUUAAAGAAAUGAUUUCUGUGUCAUAUCUUUUAAGACGUCAAAACAUCUGACAUUGAUAGAGAGAAAAGUCCCAUGUGGCUGCCACAUGCAUAGAUAUGUAGACUGUGCCUAAUGCUUUACCGUUUUAAAAUAAAAGGCAAUAAGCAACAUGUUUGAGUUACCCAGGGUUUUGAGCAAUCCUAGCAUAAAAAUAUAUUUAGAAAAAUGUGUCUGGGGACUAAAUGAACUGCUUGACUCUACAAUUGUACCCAUGCCAUCAUUGCCUGAACAAGCAGUGAUUUACUUUACACUAGAAACAGCCUCAGGGACCAAAGGAAUAGUUCAGUUUAGAGGGGUUUAAAGAAUUUAUUUUUCAAUGGAAGGAAAUCAUUUUGAGGAAGACAAUUGCUCAGUUUGGAGAUGUUUCUGCUUUUAUGAAGUUCAAGGUUAUUGGGGUUCCACUGUAAUAUAUAAAAGAUGACUUUUACAGAGAUAGUGGAUAGCAUGUAAGAUUAUGUACAAAGGUUGUAAUCAAGGUUUAGAUAUUUUAGAUUUAAGUUCCUACCCACAAGGUAAAGUUGAUCACAUAAUUGGUUGAAAUUGAAAAGUGAUUGGUUGUCAAUAAACCUUGUACUAAUAUGUUGCAAACAUUAUUCUAGGUGGUUCUGUACUUCCAAACUCUUUUCUUGAUACUUUUGUUUAAAGCUUUAAAUGCAAAAAUGUAUUUUGAAUGCAUGCUGUAUUGUUGUUCUGUAGUAAUACCAAUUUGUCUGGGCUUUGAACUAUUUUCAUUUAGUGGAAAAUGUAAAUGAUCUUAUUUGUGAUAAAUUUAUUUUAUGUACUAUAAAAUCAUUGAUAUUCGUAGGGGACUAAUUUUCCUGGAUUUUGUGUUUGAGUCAGUCCACGAAAUUUAAUCUCAAGGAACAAGUAAAAUUCCCAUUCAUUUUAUGUUCAAAAAGUUGAUAUCCACGAAUUCAUAUCCCCACAAAAUUGCCGUUUUGACCAAAACCACGAAAUUUCAUGCCCACGAAAUUAAAUGAUUUUACAGUAUUGAAAGUAGACUACCUUAUUUUGAAAUUUUAAGUUUUACGACACCAGUAGGAAUUGUUGAUAUGAUUUUAUACGUAGACAAGUUCUAAAAUGUUAUGAAUUCAAGAAGACAAAGGGCAAAAUGUUUUGUUUUUUUUUAGUCACAUUUUUCUACUAUUUUGAUGCCCCCCUUCGAAGAGGGAGGGGUAUAUUGUUUUGCAGAUGUCGGUCGGUUGGUUGGUCGGUCUGUAUGUAGACCAAUCCAUUUCCGGAUGAUAACUCAAGAACGCUUGGGCCUAGGAUCAUGAAUGUUGAUAGAAGGUUGGUCAUAACCAGCAGAAGACCCUAUUGAUUUUGAGAUAAGUAGGUCAAAGAUCAAGGUCACAGUGACCCUGAACAGUUAAACAGUUUCCGGAUGAGAACUCAAGAAUGCUUGGGCCUAGGAUCAUGAAAGUUGAUUGGGAGGUUGGUCAUGACCAACAGAUGACCCCUAUUGGUUUUGAGGUCAAUACGUCAAAGGUCAAGGUCACAGUGACCAGGAACAGUUAAACGGUUUCCGGAUGAUAACUCGAGAAAGCUUUGGUUUAGGAUUAUGAAAGUUGAUAGGGAUGUUAAUCAUGACCAGCAGAUGACCCCUAUUGAUUUUGAGGUCAGUAAGUCAAAGGUCAUUGUCUUAGGUCUCAGUGACUCUGAAUACAGGGUUCCCACGCUACCGGGAAAACGGGAAAAGUCCGUGAAUUUCAAAAAUUGACUCCCGGCCGUGAAAAUACCGGGAAUUUGGCGAGAAAACGGUAAAGGUAUGGGAAAAUACCAGGAAUUAUCCAAUUUUGCUAAGGGAAGUAAUUCAUGAUUCAAAAUGGCGGACAUGGAUGUCAUUUCAAUUUCCUUUUUUGAAAAUACCGAUGUUUUUGUGGUUGAUGGGCCUAUAUAGUAGCUAUGCUUGAAUUUUUAAACAGUAAUUUUAGGCUUUCGGUCAUUUUUGUGUCGAUUUUUGAGAAGCCUUGUGAAAUUCCGAUUAUUUUUCGAGAACAAUUGUGAAAAUCUUGAUUAGUGACACGCUUGAAUUCAGUGAUCAAACAUCAACUUGACUGAAAAUAAUUUAAUUGCUGGAAGUGUAUCAAAGAUUAUAUAGAUAAUGUAGGUGGCACCAGAGGUGUAGUUAUUAUGAAGGAGUUGAUUAAUUCUUCACAACAUGCUAGACAAGUAAAUGAUUCAUAGUUUCCUUGAGAAAAAAAACUUGAGCAGGCUGGUCACAUUGCCCGAUCGGGCUUUCGACAUAAAAACUAAUAUUUCUUGAAAAAUAGCAAAGGUAUUUCUUUCAAACUUGGUCCAUUUAUUAAGCAUUUCAUAUGGUACAAAUUAAGAUAAAAAUAACUUGGUUGCCUUCAGUUUUGGUAGAAUUAUUUCCCCUUUUCAGAUUUUUAUGAUGCAUAAUUUUUGAAGUCCAAACAAAAUAUGUUCUAAUGCUAAGUUUAAAACAAAAAAGGGUUCAAUGGCUUUCUAAUGCUCUAAAUUAUUGCGCUAGUACAUGAAAGUAUACAUUGUACUGUGCUUUCACUAACAACAUUAUAGAAAUAUGUUAGUUUUAAAAAAAUUGUUCAUACAUCUGCACUAGAAACAAAGUAUUAACCUUAAAUACAUAGAAUAAAGGUAUUGGCGCACAAGUUUUGAGCAAUAGAAACCCAUUAUACCCUUUCCUGUUUUAAAAAUUGCAUUAAAACAUAAUUUAUUUGGACUUCAAAAAUUACGCAUCAUAAAAAUCUGAAAAAGGGAAGUAAUUCUAACAAAACUGAAGGCAACAAAGUUAUUUCUACCUUAGUAUGUGUCAUAUGUUAUGCUUAAUUAAUGGACCAAUUUUGAAAGAAAUAUCUUCAUUAUUUUUCAAGAAACAUUAGUUUUUAUGUCUAAAGCCCGAUCGAGCAACGUUACCAGCCUGUUGAGGACAGUAAGGAAACAAAAAAAAAAAAAAAAAAAAAGAAAAAAAGAAAAUUUGCAGAGCCUGUAUUUAUUAAGUAGAAAUUUUUAAGCAAUAUCGGGCCAUUAUGGCCCUCUUGUUCUUAUAUUUUUACACUGAAUCUAGAAAAAUUGAUGGGAACGUACAACCGAUAUGUCGUACAGAGGUCCUUGAAAAUCGCAACAAGGUCCUGGAAAAGUCCUUAAAUUUCAUAGACGAAAAAGUGUGGGAACUCUGUGAAUAGUUAAACCAUUUCCGGACGAUAUCCUGAGAACGCUUGGGCCUAGGAUGACGAAACUUAAUAGGGAGGUUGAUCUUGAUCAUCAGAUGACCCCUAUAGAUUUUUAGGUCAGUUGGUAAAAGGUCAAGGUCACAAUGACCCAGAACAGUUAAAACAGUUUCCAAAUGAUAACUCAAGAAGGCUUGGGUCUAGGAUCAAGAAACUUGAUAGGGAGGUUGAUCAUGAUCAGCAGAUGACCCCUAUUGAUUUUGAGGUCAAUAGGUCAAAGGUCACAUUGACCCAGAACAGUAGAACUUUUUUGUACAAUGACCAAAUAAUUUCUGUUCCUUGUGUAAUUACUGAAUGCAUCAAGCGGGGCAUUUCGUGUUCUACAAGCUCUUGUUUUUGUGUGUCUCAGGUGUUAUACUUAAAUCCUGUUUACCUGUUGUAAGGUUUUCAUACAGCAUUAUAUUCAGACACGUUACUAUUCAGAUAUUUGUACCUUUUUCUUUUUAUUGUUGUCAUCUCUUCAUGCAUUUUGAUAUACAUAUUUGAUAAGAAGAUUUCAAGGGAAAAAGCAUUUCUGAUAUAAAAAAAGAACAAUUCUUAUAAGAGAAGCAUACUGUUUCUUCAUUCUGAUUAGUCCUUAUACACUUUCUUUGACAUCAAGGAUUUAUAAGUACAAUUUUGAUAUGUAAGUGGAUCAAGAUUGAAGGACAAAUGCUUCAUGCUUGUAUAUACUGUAUUUACUUUGGAAUUGAGAGCUGUUUUCAGAUUUUUUAUAGCAGUAUUAGAAAAUGUUUUGUAAUGUUUUGCUUAGCCAAAAUUUGUGUGCGAUUUCUUUUUGACUUUGCUCAGUUAAUAACAAACAUUAUGUUUGACUUAAUGGAACACAGUUAAAACUCAUUGAUUUGAUGCGAGUCAAGACAGUUUUCUGUCUGAUCAUCGUAUUAUACUGUGAUUUGCAUGUAUAUAUGAAACUGAAACAAUGUUGCAUUGAAAAGAUCUCUGCCCUAACAUUCAUUUUUUAAAAGAAAAUCUAUUCCAUUUACAAAGCCCACCUUUUUAUGGGACAUUAGCUGUAUUGUUUUCUGUGAUUCAGUUUGAAGUUGUAAGUUUUAUAUAUUUGUUAGCCACAAGAAUUUGCAAAAUAUGUUAUCUAAAUAUUGUGCAUGUGACUUGAUACAAGUCUUGGGCUGAAAUGUUUUGGCAGAGAAUGUAAUGAAAUAGUUUUUAUCUGUUUUUAAUAAUUAAAUUUUAUUUAAGAUAA